CGCUGCUGCGCCGUGUUUGAAAUGCGAUUGAAAUUUGAAAUUUGAAAAAACGCGUAUCACCAAAAUUGUCUGAAAGUUAUGAAGACUACAGCAUUACUGCGUUUAAGUGUAAAGUGAUGGUAAACCUCUUGCAAAGCCAAGAAAAGUGAAGCUCAAGUGCCGAGAAAGAAAAUGGCGGAGUGAACAACUACAAAAGCCACACACGUAAGCAGCACAGCUUAAAACCGAAAAAGAAACAUUUUCGUCUGCUCGAAAUUAAUCUGGUUUUUAUGUUUUACUUUGUACCGCGCGCGUCGCAGACAUAAAAUAAAAGACGGCGGACCGUAUCUGUGUAUGUGUACGUGUUUGUUUGUGUGAGCCCCCCUAUUCCUAUCUCGCCCGGUUUGUGUUUGUAGAAAAUGCCAUAAAAACGUGAAAUUCAUUAGGCGACAAACAACAGCGACAACAAUUGUUUACAUUUUCGUUGCGCCUGUAAUUUAUGACAAAGGAGAGAGAUAAUUAAAAGCUGGAAAAUAGUCUACUCUACGUUUGUUUUGUUAAAAGAGUCGGACAAAGUACGGCCACGGGGGCCAGUAGAGGCCCAUCAUGCAUCGUUCGCUCAAGCCGCAUGCGUCCACGGCACAAGCUAAGAAGGUUCAACCGCCAACGAUUCCGGGGGAUCCUCUGCAGCAGCAGCAGCAUCACCAGCACUACCACCCACUCCAGCAGUUGCCUGCUUCGCCCAGUGGAGGCCACCACCAGCCGUCGAUACCGCUGUACCGGCUCAGUGGACCCCUGCGCCACCACCAUCAACAGCAGCAGCAGACGGACGAUGGGAUCAGCAUGAGUGGCAGCAGCAUUGUCUCGUCGCCCUCGCUGGAAGAGGGCGGCUUCAACCUGCCGCGCGAGACGAGCGUGGCCCUGCGCAUGAAGGACGAGGCGGGUGGUGGGCCCCCAAUGGCCGUGACCGGAGGUCCGGCUCCUCCGGCCGCCGCGAAGACCUCCGCUCCGCUGCCCAGCAUUGUGCCAUGCCCGCCGCCCGUGUUCUGUGCCACGCUGCGAGAGCCGCUGACCCACAAGGCGGCGGUCUACUACCACCAGCAGCUGGCCCUGCAGGAGGACCAGGGCAUCGAUCUGACCCAGUCGCCGGGACGCGACUCGCCCGGCUCCUCCUCGGGAUCGGCCGGCUCGGGCUCGCGACACAGCACCGCCAGCCUGGACUCUGGUCGUGCCUCCUCCUACCUGACGGGAGUCUCCUCGUCGGGCGCCUCCAUCCGGGCCCCGCUUUCCUCGCCCCGUUGCAGCUCCGUCAGCUCCUGCUCGAUCGGCAGCGUGGACCGGCAGCGCAACGAUGAGCUGAUCAUCGACUGGCUGCUGGAGAUGAAGCACGAGGAGUACGCCCAACUGUUCAUCGCCGCCGGCUACGACUUGCCCACGAUCGCCCGCAUGACCCCGGAGGAUCUCACCGCCAUUGGUAUCAAGAAUCCGCAUCAUCGCGAGCGCAUCAAGCAGCGCAUCGACAAGCUGCAAGUUCUCGACAAUCUGCCCCACUUUGUGCCGGGCUCUAUUGAGGAAUGGCUGCAGCUGUUGCGGCUGGAGGAGUACAUACAGCCCCUGCUGGAGCAGAACUACAAGACGGUGCGCGACGUGACCCAAGUGACUUGGGAGGAUCUCGAGGAUAUUGGCAUCGUCAAGCUGGGGCACCAGAAGAAGAUCCUGCUGGCCAUCAAGCGGGUCAAGGACAUCAUUAGCGGCAAAUGGAAUCCAGGCGGUGCCAAUGCAUACCAACAGCAGGAGUACCAGCGGAAGCCGUGGCAAUUCAAUGUGCCCAUACCAAGUACGCCAUCUUAUGUGCCAACCACUCGCGUCUCCUGGGACGACACGAAAAUCUAUGCCACCAGCAACGUGCUGAAUUCCACCGCCCCCGCGGGCAGCCUGUGCCUGGGGCAGGGGAGCAGCAGCAGCAGCAGCUGCAGCAGCAGCAACGGAGACGCCUACUACUGCACGGGCAGCAAUCACGAGUGUUGCUCGGGCAACGAUGUGGUGCUCAUUAAGGUACGUCAGCCACGUGGCAAGAGCCUGGAAUCGCUGGAGGACAUACACGACAACAGCACGCGCAGCCAUUUGACCUUUAGCCAUUACACGACCACGGACUACGGCCACUUUGGGCCACCCACAACGGCAGCAGCUGCCGCAGCCAUGGCCGCCGCUGCUACGCUCCAGCAACAGCACCACCACCAGCAGCUGUUGCAGCAGCAGCAAGCGGCGGCAGCCCGUCUACUGGGGAGCAAUACGGCAGCCAUGGCUUGGCGGCGCUCCUACGACGACGGCGACAUAACACCCACCAAUGAUGCCACGCGGGAGCUGCUCUACGAGGAGGGUGGUGGCACAUUGCCGCGCCAGCAGCGUGGAAUCCUGCAGAGAGCCGUGCUGAACACGAUGCCACCUUUGGAGCAUCAUCACUACAUGAAUGCGGCGGCGGCCGCCGAGUACGGAGCAGCCAGCGGUGGCGAGGGAGGAGCGAACUAUCUAAGCGGCAGCCCGUUGAGUGGGAAGAAGAUUGCACCAGAGCCGCCCCGACGGCACUGCAGCAUACGCAACUCCCGCACGCUGAGCGGAGAGGGAGGUGCCACCGGCUCAGUCCAACAGCCCCAGCAGCAGGCAGUGGGCUCUCAGCAGCAGCAGCAGCAACAGCAGCAGGCGCAACAAAUGUUCUACUGGCAGCAACAGCAGGCGGCGGCCGCAGCAGCCGCGGCAGCGGGCAGCCAACAGCCGAUCUAUGCUAACUAUGCCACCAUACAGCAGACCACGGCGGAGAUACACUGCGAGAAAUACCACGACAAUAAGUCCACUUCCAGCAUCGAUUCGAUUGACACGAUACCGUUUGCCAACGAGAACACGGGCACAAUCAAGCAGCGGCUGCUGAAUCGGCAGGAGCUGGGACAGGCCAGUGCUGGGGCCACAACCAUUCCCGGCAGCCAUCCACCCCACCUGCACUCCUCCAGCUCCAGUUCCAGCUCCUCCUCCACCAACACGAUCGCCAACAUAGCGCACUCGUUCCACUCGCUGAAGUCUUCGAGUUCGCUCCACGACGCGACUCUGGCGCGGAGCGAGAGCCUGGGCAGCACGGCCAGCGGAGGCAGCGCCCUGCAUCUGCGCUCCCCCACCAUGGACGCAGGCAUUGGGGGAUCGUCAGCGUCAAUGCCAGCGAGCGGCGAAGCAAUGGCAUCGCCCGAGACAGCUGCCCCAGUGACGAGUGUGCCCCCGAAAGUGUCGGUGAAUGUGCUGAACGAUAUUGGCAACAUGCUGGCCAAUCUCACGGACGAGCUGGACGCCAUGCUCGAGGAGGAGAAGCGCGUGGGCCUCAACAUCGACAGUGAAUGAGCGGAUAAAUAUAACUAAAAGUUUCCUUAUGAUUCAACACCGAUAACACUCCAAUCAAACAACAAAUCGUAGUGUAGCUGAAUUUUGUGUAGAACUUGUGACGUGUUGUGUCCCCUUGAAGUGUUUUAUGUAUUUUGAGUUUACAUUGUUUUACACCGUGUGUUUUUCUUGUUUUUUUUUUUAAACUGCGUAUGAAAAGGAGAUUGUACCCCUAGAAAAACUAAAACUAAAAACCUUUGGACGAGAUGUUUAUACUUUUGUACUUUCCCCUUUCUAUGAAUGUUGUUAACGAAACGAGAUAGUGGAGAGGAUAGGAGAUAUCUAGGCGGAACGAUGGAGAAUCAAGCGCAACAUGCAUAUAUGCAGACCUUGCAUAGUUAAUAUCUAGCGUAAAAUAUAUAUAAAUCGAUAUAUAAAUAAAUAUUUAAACGAAAACAUUUAUACGGGCAAGUAUUUAGUGGUUUGAUACUAUACUACGUACAACAAAGGCAACCAAUGAACCACAAGGCACACACUUAAACACUCACAAGCCAUAGGAAAGAAAGAAAGAAGGAACUACUACUCUACUGCGAAGUCCCUUUCAGACAAUUACAAAUUGCAUUUAUGUCAGUCAUUUUAUUUUUUCGACUUUUUUGAGUAUGUUCAAUAUUUUGAAUUUUUUGAAAACAGCAGCCCGCACAGACAUUCUUCUGUUUCGUUAUGAUUACAACUGAAAUCAAAUCAAACUAUAUAAAGUGAAUGUAUAAUUAAGUGUUAUUCCAUACAAAGUAAAAAGAUGCAUUAUAUAAAAUAUAAAUCUUAAAUUAGCGUUAUAUUAAGCAAAAGAAUGAGACAGAAACCAAUCGGGAAGAGCUGCAAGAAGAGACAAGAAAAAGCGGAGCGGCCAGGAGGCGAAUUGAUCUUUAUAAAUUAUGUUUAAACGGGCAUGUACGCUGAAUAACAUAUCGAAUUCGGUGGUAUACUAUACUUGAAUUGCCUUCUUUAUGAUUUACUUAAAUAAAAAUUUUGUAGCAUACAAAUCUA